AUGAUAGUGAUGCAGGAUACUGUGGGGGAUGAUGAGAAGGUGAAUGAUGGGAAUGAUGGGAAUGAUGGGAAGAAAGACGAUGUAAAGGAGGACAAUGAGAAGGUGGAGGACGAACAGAAGGUGGAGAACGAUGAGAAGGUGGAUGAUGAUGAGAAGAUGGAUGAGGCUAAGGUGGAGAACGAUGAGAAGGUGGAUGAUGAUGAUGAGAAGAUGGAUGAGGCUAAGGUGGAGAACGAUGAGAAGGUGGAUGAUGAUGAGAAGAUGGAUGAGGCUAAGGUGGAGGACGGUGAGAAAGUGGAGGAUGAACGAAAAGAGAACGAUGCGAAGGUGGAGGACGUAAAGAUGGAGGAUGAGGCUAAAGUGGAGGACGGUGAGAAGCUGGAUGGUGUGGCUAAGGUGGAUGAUGUGGAGGUUGAUCUGAAUCUGAAGGUGAAGGAUUUGAAAGUGAAGGUGAAGGAUGAGAAGAGUGUGGAUGUGAAGGCACAGACAAAUGAGGAAAUUAUGGGAGGAGAUGACAAUGAUGACAAUGAUGAUUUCCAGUUAUACAAUACUCCUCCUAAAGGAAAUUAUGGGAGGAGAGUGAGGAAGCCGAAAAAAGAUGACUCGUACACCAACCCUUCCUUGUCAAAAAUGCCCAAGACAAAGGAUCCAAUGAAAGUAUAUCACCUUCAAAAAUUUGAAGAUGAGCUACUGGAUAAAGUAAAGGCGUGGUUGGAUGAUCCAGAAACCGAUAAUUUGACAACGGAUGAAAUCGAUGCAUUCUGCCAUCUUUUGCGGAAAAGGAUUUCCUACUAUCCCAAGACAUAUAAAAAUUCACAUGUGGCAAUUGGGGAUUGCUUAUUGGUGGACAGGAUCAGGCGAGAGCACAAGACUUUUAUUAAGGAUCCUGCUAACUAUCUAGUCGCCGAAUUCAAAGACUAUUACAUGGCAUCACCACAUAGAUAUAUGCCAGAAUGGUCAACAAUUGACGAUGUCCACAUAACCACCAAUAAUUGA